AUGAAAGCCUCUCCUCCGUGUAGUUAAAGGCGACAUCUUGGAACCGGGCAUUACUUAGGGCUUUUGCGUUAACUGCGUUUUACGAAGCUCCCGGGACACGAAGCGCAGCUUCUGCCUCUUCUCCUUUCUAGUUUUGUGUAACGGGCUGAGAAGGGUGGGGAUGUGGCGCUAGGUUUACUGCGUUUGGACAGAGGAAUCCCUUCUGUCACUUCCUGCUGGAAGGAUUGGAAACAUUUAUGUGCAAUGAGCUAUUUGCUGCCUUUUUCUGUUUUGCUCAUGGGACUGCUACCAACGAGAGCCAUGGCUUGGACCUCAACUGGGAAGACACAUGCUGAACUGAUCAACAAUCUUUAUAAAAAUGGUGUGAUUAAAUCCCAACGUGUUCAUGCUGCGAUGCUGGCUACCGAUAGAGCCCACUAUGCCAAUAAUUUUCCAUAUAUGGAUUCUCCUCAGUCAAUUGGCUACAAGGCUACUAUCAGUGCACCUCACAUGCAUGCUCAUGCUCUUGAGUUACUGAAGGAUCAGCUAGUGGAAGGAGCAAAGGCAUUAGAUGUAGGAUCAGGAAGUGGCUAUCUCACUGCUUGUUUUGCUCGAAUGGUGGGCCCCACAGGCAAGGCAAUAGGUAUUGAGCACAUAGAAGAAUUGGUUCACGAAUCCCUUAGGAAUGUCAGAAAAGAUGAUCCAAACUUACUUAGUUCUGGACAAGUAAAACUUUUAGUUGGGGAUGGUAGGAAGGGAUAUCCUGAAGAAGCCCCAUAUGAUGCCAUCCAUGUUGGAGCAGCUGCACCCACUGUGCCAAUAGAGUUGCUGAAUGAACUAAAACCUGGAGGACGACUGAUUUUGCCAGUAGGGCCAGAAAAUGGAAACCAGGUUAUGAUGCAAUUUGACAAAACGAUGGAUGGCCAGAUUGUGGAAAAACAUCUGAUGGGUGUGAUAUAUGUUCCUCUGACAGACAAAGAAAAACAGUGGCCUCGGGGUGAACUUUAAAAGAUUUAAAUAAUUUAUAAAGGACCUUUUGAAAAUCUAUGAACUAUGUUUCGAAAAAAUGAUAUUUGCAGUACAUUAUAUUUGAAUGCUCAUUUCUCCUCUUUGAAAGUAACAUUUGACCUGUAAUUUUAAGAACUUGGAUGGAAUUUGGAAACAAAGCAAUGGAAAUUCGUUGAUUCAGGGAUAACAACAUAUUUCACAAUUAACAAUAAUUCUUGUGUGUACCAUUGUAAAAUAAACAAUGGAUAAAAAACUGCA